AUGCAGACAAACGCCGCGAUGUUACCUGCGAGCUUGCUGCCAGCGGAUCUCGCACCACACAUGAAUAACACAUGCGAGCACCCAAUCGUCCGCGGACGUCGACGCGCAGAUGCACCAAGAAGGACGUUGGUCUCGACCCCCGAACCCGCGACCGGCCACCCACCUCGAGAACAACACCGGCGCGCCUGCAAACAGAUUCUGAUGGAACACGCGAAGGGAGCCCCAGACGACGACGAGUCUAGUUCAGUCGGGCAGCACUCGCAUUCAUCGCGCGCGGUGCAUACAUGGCUCGCACCCGCUUCUCGUUCUUUAUUCGAGAGCCUUCGUAGCGCUCAGGAAGUCGUGGUCAGGAGCAGACCAGGGAACGGCAAGCGCGUUGCAGCACGGCGCUGGUCGCGGGACACGUCAACAAGAGCGCCGAUGCGGAGGAGCCCCGCCACGCCGACGCACUGGUUCGGCGACCGCUCGCUCGUAAUGCAGAAGAACGCCAUCGCCCACGCCGUUGCCCGCUUCGCUUUCUAUAACGAGCUGCUGCCCGCAAAUUUUCCGCCGCGCACGGGAAAAACACAUGCGAGCACCCCAUCGUUCGUGGACGCCGCCGACGCACGUCGCACAGAUGCACCGCCAAGGACGCGCGCUAGCCCGCUAGUCUCGACCCCGAAUCCUCAACCGGCCACCGUCCACGUUCCUCAGAAGACACACGACGCCGCAACGCACGCGUCACCGGUGUCCCGCGCGACGAUAAGCCAGCCAGCGGGCGCCCGAGCCAACACGGCGUCAUCGACGCCUCCGCAAGUUCGUUCGCCGGUCCCCCACCCCUCCAAAACAGGAACACCGCCGACCCGCCUGCAGACGCGUUCUGAUGGAACUCGCGAAGGGAACUUCAGACGACGAGCCCGGUCCGGUCGAGUCCAGUCGAGCAGCGCUGCGUUCUAUUCCACACGGUACGUAGGCAGUAUUUAG